AUGUCUCUGUCAACAAGGAAUCCCUUAUCUUUUCAAGCAGCACUCACAGCUAGCAAACGCACCAAGUUACUUGGCAUUAAAAACAUCCUGCGUGAUGCCACUGGUAUGGGGAGGUUGAAUGUGAAAAAUGAUCCUUCAACCCAAGGCAGCCAGGAAAAGUUGGGUGAAAGUGGCAAAGAUAAAACAGGUAAGAAGAUCAUCAAGAAAAUCCAGAUGAAAAGAAUGGAUACAAAACAUCGCCGUUAUGAUGAUAACUCAUCAUUCAAUAGUAAGCAGGGAAAACAAGGUGAUAGCGAGCAUGACGAACACCAAACCACCACCGCCAUAAUACGGCAGACGAUCACCUUCCCAUUAAAACAGGACAACAAGAGACAUUCAAGUCAAACUCAAAUAGGUAGAAGUGGAAGUAAUGUUACACUUAAUGUAAAAAGACGUGACUGCUCAAAGACAAAAUGUCAAUAUGCCAUUUGGCAGUGUCACCAUCACUGCAUGGGAUGGGGAGAUCGAUUGCGUGGUAUCAUCUCAGUCUACGCACUUGCCAUUUUAACAGGGAGAGAAUACAGGAUUUCACAUACUUUUCCUUGUAACCUAAAAAAGUUCUUUCAUGGGAAUAAAACUCCAUGGGACAAAGAAGACAUAACAGCAAAACAUGCUACAACCAGAGAUAUCAAGCUUUUUGGUUUCAAAUUAACAUUUCAGAACUGGGUUCUUCAGAGUUCUAAUCUCUCAGAGACUUUUCCAGAAGACAUCAUCACUUUCCGCACUAAUGACGAUAUCAUACCUUAUUUAAGGUUUAACAAAAAUUUCACAAAAACUAUUGAAAAAGCCUUCAACAUGCCAAUCGAGGACUUCCAUUAUGUCACUCUGUUCAGACGUCUCUUUCAUGAGCUUUUCAGUCCCAACAAACGAUUCCAAAAGAAAUUUCAAAAAUAUUACCAUCUUUUAAAACCCUCAAAUGACUCUACCCUUGUCUGUGCUCAGAUUCGUCUGGAAUUCAUUAAACCUUCACGAAUGAAAAUUGUUUUUAAAUUUCUCCAAGAGACCAUCAAACGUGUUGGAAAAAGUAAACUAUUUGUAUCCACUGAUGCAGAAGAUGUAAGAACAGCAGCCAAGAUGUUAUUCCCUGACCAAUUGGUGGACAUAGAAGGUCCUCUGAGUCACGUCGAUGAGCCAAAAGCAGGAUGCAGAGACAUGGAAAAAGCUUUAACAGAUUUCCUCAUGCUUUCAAAAUGUGAUAUUCUAAUCCAUAGCCCAAGUGGGUUUAGCCAGCAAGCAGCCAUGUUGAAAUACCCCUACAAAGAUGUCUACCAAAUCAGUCGCGCUGGUAUUAUAAGAAAGCUUACAAUCCCCAUCUUCAAACUGGAGAAACAGUAUGUUCAGCUGGGACCUUUGGAAGGGAAGCUACCUCUUAGUUUACCAUCUAAGUACAUCAAAAACCCACAGAAAUAUUUCACGUAAUGCUUUUCAACUUUUUUAAAGUAUAUAUACAACUGUUUGCUGUUCUUAUUUAUUUUUUUUAUUAAUCUUUUACCUGUUUUACCUCUUGAACCAUAAUAAAACAUGAUAUUCAUUGAAAAAUAAUUUCAAUGAAAUGUGGGUAGCUAGAAGGUUUAUAUGGGAUAUGUAUAAUAUUUUAA